AUGGAACGGUCGAAAAUUCGCAAUAUUAUGAAGUAUGAGUUCUUACAUGGAACUACGGCAUCGCAGACCGCGCGAAACAUUAAUAGUGUAUUUUGCUCUAGUGUUACUACGCAGCAGACAGUAUCAAAUUGGUUCGCCAAAUUUCGUACAGGUAACUUUGACCUCGCAAAUGAAUUACGCGGUCGCCCAGAAUUAAAGGUCAAUAAUGACGAACUAAAGGUCACCGUUGAGUCUGACCCAUCUCAGAAUGCCUAUGAAUUAUCGUUGAAGUUUGGUGUUAGCAAACAAACAAUAUUAACUCAUUUAGCUCAAAUCGGACAGUGGUUGGACAAGGAUGAAUUACCAAAACACACUCCAAAGCGCAAUAUUCAUGAGAAGAAGCUGAUGGUGAGUGUUUGGUGUUCUAGCGCAGGUGUUAUCUAUUAUGAUUUCACGAAACAUGGCUCAUCGAUCAUAGCAGAAAUAUACCGCAACCAAUUGGACGAAAUGAUGCAAAAACUUAAAGAAAAACAGCCUAGAUUGGUCAACAGAUCGACUCCUAUCUUAUUGCAUAAUAACGCUAGACUACAUACAGCACAAAUGACUAUGGAAAAUCUACAGGAAUUCAAGUUGGAACUUCUUCAUCAUCCUCCAUACUCAUCAGACCUAGCCCCCACUGACUACCACUUCUUCCGCAAUUUGGACAACUUUUUAAUAGGAAAACAAUUUAAUUCCGACAAUGCUGUAAAACUGGCCUUCCAGGAAUUCAUUGACUCUCGUCCGCCAGGGUUUUAUAUCACCGGCCUGAACAACCAGCCGCUUAAAUGGCAAAAAUGUUACUUCUUCAGCUUCCCUUUCACUCGUCAUAAUCGCAAUAUCGUCUGCAAACGUUGCAAUACGUUGCGAUACGAUGCUCCUGCUGGCUUUGGUAAAUCUCAUAUAUAUAGCAGCUUCCAGGUGUGCGAAGCGUUCGGCCGUAUCGCGCAUGCAUUGAUCUGCUCGCAAGUAAUAGAAAGGCGGAAAUCUGUGAACGUGAGUCCAAGAGCCCCUUCUAACAAAGAUGAAAAAGAUGUUCAAACGGAUCCCAAUCAGAAUGGAAUCCAUUAUUCGAAUGGGCAACGUAUCAUUGCGGAGAAGUAUGCGGAGCCCGAAGUCCUCGACAUUAAUGCACUCAACAACACUAAGAGAACUGAUCGGGAGGUGCUGUUCUUCAAUCGCGUGCCGAAAGUUGGUUCCCAGACAUUUAUGGAGCUGCUAAGAAGGCUGUCGAUAAGGAACAUGUUUUCGUUUAAUAGGGACCGCGUUCAGCGAGUCGAGACGAUACGUCUCGCGCCUAUCGAGCAGCUCCAGCUCGCUAGGAUGGUCAGCAGUUACUCAGAACCAUCUGUCUACGUAAAGCAUGUCUGCUUCACUAACUUCACAGAAUUCCAUCUGCCGGAACCAAUUUACAUCAACAUAGUCCGUGAUCCUGUGGAGAGGGUCAUAUCCUGGUAUUAUUACGUAAGAGCACCAUGGUAUUAUGUGGAGAGGAAGCAGAUCUUUCCGGAUUUGCCAUUGCCCGAUCCAAAUUGGCUCAAGAAGGAUUUCGAGACGUGCGUUCUCAAGGGCGACCGUGAAUGUAGAUACUUGCAAGGUGAGAUCCACGAGGGCAUUGGUGAUCAUCGUAGACAAACGCUUUUUUUCUGUGGACACAGCGAAAAAUGCACUCCUUUUAAUACUAUGGGUGCUCUGGAACGUGCGAAGUUGGCAGUAGAGAAGCAUUACGCUGUAGUUGGUGUUUUGGAGGACAUGAAUACGACUCUCACAGUACUGGAAAACUAUAUACCGCGAUUUUUCCAAGGAGCUACUGACGUUUAUUAUGACCAAGUAAAUUCUUUCACGAGGAUCAAUAGAAAUUUCUUCAAACCACCAGUUAGCGAAGAAGUGAAAGACCUGGUGCGCGGCAAUUUCACCCGUGAAGUCGAAUUUUACCAAUUCUGUAAGCAACGACUCUACAGACAACAUAGAGCUCUAAAGUUGACUUCCACCGCCACUCCGUCCACGAACAACCAUCUUUAAAGAAAGAAAAUAUCGUUGAUCUAUUAUUGUGCAAAACUAUUUAUAUGAAAUAUUUUUUUGUAGUGAUUAUACUGUAACAAUAUCGUGACAUCGAAGGUAAUCGUUCUCCUGAAUGUAUAACCUUAUCAUUCAGCGAAACGUUUCUAAAGUUACGGAGAGACAAGAGCCAACGAGAACAUAAGAAGAUUCGACGUUUUAAAUUGAAGUUAUUGUGACGUGGAUGCACUGCGCAAUCCAAAAAUAGAGACGCUUUCGAUGAGCGGUGAACAGUUUCAAGCAAACGCGUUACGUUGUUAUUUUUUUUUAAUGGACGUCUGUGUAAACCUGCCUAUGUAAACCGUGAAUGUGGGGAGGAUUCUGAAGUCUUUAGGAGAAUAUUUUACGAUAAGUAUAAUAUAUUAAUAGUAUUUGCGAUAACUUUUUCAUUCUGUCGGCGAUGGAAGCAAUUUCGCAAAUACUGUAAAACUACCACGCUUUUCAUCACAAGUACUUAUAAUUACACGGAAAAAUAUACAAUGUUAUCGUAGAACAUCGCUUUGUAAAACAAAAUGUUAAACACGUUUAUAUUUUU